AUGAAGGACUUCUCAGAUGUCAUCCUCUGCAUGGAGGCAACAGAAUCGAGCAAGACCGAGUUCUGCAAUCCUGCCUUCGAGCCUGAGUCUGGGCCACCCUGCCCUCCCCCAGUUUUCCCAGAGGAUGCCAGCUACAGCGUCCCAGCUCCCUGGCAUGGUCGGCGUCCUCGAGGGCUACGGCCAGACUGCCGCUUCUCCUGGCUCUGUGUCCUCCUGCUCUCCAGCCUGCUCCUCCUGCUGCUUGGGCUGCUGGUGGCCAUCAUCCUGGCCCAGCUGCAGGCUGCAGCCCCAUCUGGGGCGUCCCAUAGCCCACUGCCUGCCGGAGGCCUUGCCACGACCACCACCACCCCCACCAUCACCACCUCUCAGGCAGCUGGGACCCCUAAAGGGCAGCAGGAGUCAGGCGUGAGCCCCUCCCCACAGUCCACCUGUGGAGGCCUCCUCUCUGGCCCAAGGGGCUUCUUCAGCAGCCCUAACUACCCAGACCCUUACCCCCCCAACACCCACUGCGUGUGGCAUAUCCAGGUGGCCACAGACCAUGCAAUACAGCUCAAGAUCGAAGCCCUCAGCAUAGAGAGUGUGGCCUCUUGCCUUUUUGAUCGCUUGGAACUCUCCCCUGAGCCUGAAGGCCCCCUCCUCAGGGUUUGUGGAAGGGUGCCUCCCCCCACGCUCAACACCAAUGCCAGCCACCUCCUGGUGGUCUUCGUCUCUGACAGCAGUGUGGAAGGAUUUGGUUUCCAUGCCUGGUACCAGGCUGUGGCCCCUGGGCACGGGAGCUGUGCCCAUGAUGAGUUCCGCUGUGACCAGCUCAUCUGCCUGCUACCUGACUCAGUGUGUGAUGGUUUUGCCAACUGUGCUGACGGCAGUGAUGAGACCAAUUGCAGUGCCAAGUUCUCAGGGUGUGGGGGGAAUCUGACUGGCCUCCAGGGCACUUUCUCUACUCCCAGCUACCUGCAGCAGUACCCUCACCAACUGCUCUGCACCUGGCAUAUCUCGGUGCCUGCCGGACACAGCAUAGAACUACAGUUCCACAACUUCAGCCUGGAGGCUCAGGACGAGUGCAAGUUUGACUACGUGGAGGUGUAUGAGACCAGCAGCUCAGGGGCCUUCAGCCUCCUGGGCAGGUUCUGCGGAGCAGAGCCACCCCCCCACCUCGUCUCCUCGCACCAUGAGCUGGCUGUGCUGUUUAGGACAGAUCAUGGCAUCAGCAGUGGAGGCUUCUCAGCCACCUACCUGGCCUUCAAUGCCACGGAGAACCCCUGUGGGCCCAGUGAGCUCUCCUGCCAGGCAGGAGGGUGUAAGGGUGUGCAGUGGAUGUGUGACAUGUGGAGAGACUGCACCGAUGGCAGCGAUGACAACUGCAGCGGCCCCUUGUUCCCACCCCCAGAGCUGGCCUGUGAGCCUGUCCAGGUGGAGAUGUGCCUCGGUCUGAGCUACAACACCACGGCCUUCCCUAACAUCUGGGUGGGCAUGACCACCCAGGAGGAGGUGGCAGAGGUCCUCAGCGGUUACAAGAGCCUGACAAGCCUGCCCUGCUACCAGCAUUUCCGGAGGCUCCUGUGUGGGCUGCUUGUGCCCCGUUGCACCCCACUAGGCAGUGUUCUGCCCCCUUGCCGCUCUGUCUGCCAGGAAGCGGAGCACCAGUGCCAGUCUGGCCUGGCACUACUGGGCACCCCCUGGCCCUUCAACUGCAACAGGCUGCCAGAGGCAGCUGACCUGGAAGCUUGUGCCCAGCCCUGA